AUGGGAAUUGCAAUACUUUUUGGCAAACGGCAUACAGUUGAUGUGGUCAAGUCUGUCAAGGACCCUGAAGGUAGAUUUUCUAUAUUACAGAUUUAUGGAGGGAAAAACCUGAAACUCAUUGGUGUUAUUAUACAACGCGCUAUACUCAUCCUCUUUCUUGCUUGCUUCCCAUGUUGGGCAUUAUUUGUUAACACCAAAAGCAUUUUGCUUCUUCUUGGACAAGAUCCCAAAGUGGCAAGCAUGGCAGAGAGGUGUGUGAUGGUGCAAAUUCCAGCUCUUCCAGUACUAUUUUAUUGCCAACUUCAACAACGGUAUUUGCAAAACCAGGGUAUUAUUUGGCCUCAGACCAUAAUAUGUUUUAUUGGAAAUAUUCUUCUUAUCAUCUUGUGCUAUGUUUUAAUGUUCAUAGUAAAAACUGGAGUGAUAGGAGCUUCAGUGGCUAUAACUAUCACCUACACAUCUGAGUGCAUCUUACUAUUCCUCUUCAUCCAUCUGAAAAAGUUACAUGUGGACACAUGGCCAGGCUGGUCUUUAGUUUGUUUGACGGACUGGAAUUCUUUCCUGUCUCUGGGAAUUCCCAGCAUGCUGAUGCAGUAUACUGAAUGGUGGAUAUACGAUAUAGCAAUCUUUUUAGCAGGUCAUAUUAACUUAGUGGAACUUGGAGCACAAGCAAUAUUGUUGGAACUUGGCAUCUUUCUCCAUGCAAUCAACUAUUCAGUUGCUAUGGCAUGUAGCAUUAAAUUGGGUCACUAUUUAGGUGCUGGAGAGACGGAUAAAGCUAAGAAGGUAGCAAAACUCAGUUUUCUUGUAACAGCUUUCACCACAUUGUUUCUAAUCACCAUUUUGCUUGGUCUUAGGACUCCAAUUUUCUCACUUCUUACCAAUGACAAAGAAAUACUAUCUCUGGUCAUCAAAGCAACACCCAUUAUUGCAAUAUUCUUUGUUGCUGAUGCAAUGUGUGCUCUUUUUGGGGGAAUUAUCAGAGGAACUGGUAAACAAACAGUUGGAGCUAUAGUAUAUGCUCUUGGGUUUCUCCUGAUCAACUUUUCUAUUUCUAUUCCUUUGAUGUUUGUUGUGAAGAUUGGCACAAGAGCUGAUUCUCACACUCGCAAAUGGGUUUUGGGCACUCGAAAAAGUCUUAUUAACACUAUGGAGCCGAAAACUGCUUCACAGCCGCUAAGUGUCUUUCUAAGAGACCCUUAA